AUGCUCAAACAAUUUUCUGCGUCAUCAUCGGUAAAAUGUAGAAAUUGCCUUCAUCAUAUUUAUUAUUGGAGAUUUAUAAAAAAUUAUUAUUCAAGAACAAUAGUAUUGUCUGAUGAGAGAAAGGAUUCCGAUGACCAGGCUAUUAGUUCCUUGUUGAAUAAAUUACAUGGUAAUUCAUCAUUCAAUCAGAAAAGAGAGGAUUUGUUAAAACACUCUGGGAAUCAUAAAUCGAAAAAAUCAACAAAUGCAUAUCUGGAAGCUCUGGAACAAGAAGAAUUUGGUAAACAUAUUAAAACCAACGAUGAAAAAAAACAAAAUGUAAAUUCAGAAAAGAAAGUAAUAGAUGGUUCGAAGGCUUCUAGAGGUUUAAUGUCAACUCUUCAAACCUUGAAAUCUAAAAAUCAAGCAAAUGUGCAACAAGUUCCAAAUGAUGAUUUUAUUACUAGUCAACCUAAACAACUCAAAGCCAAUCAUGUUUUUAGGAAACAUUUUAGACAAGAAAAGACAAACAUUAUUGAAAUGAACGACUUGGAUGAAAAGUGGACUAAAUAUGUUGUGGAUAAAGAUGGAUCAAUACCAGAUUCAAUUAGAAAACACCUUUCUCCGAUAGAAGUGGAUAGCGACAAAUUAACAGAAGAGGAACAAAUUCAAGUGUUCUCAAAAGGAUACUCGGAAUGGAUCAAUCCAGACCACAAACAAAAGAACGUUUUGAAUCCAGUUGGUGAUAUUUCUCACCUCAAAACUAUUAAGAAAAUUAUAGAGCAAAAAGAAGAAUCGACAGUGAAAGAAAAACUUGGUUUAGUUGACUCAAUUUCAUCAAACCAUGCUGCCAAUCCGCUGGAUAGUUUACCGUCUGCUCAAUGGCAAAAACAACUUGUUCAUGAGGAUCUUGACUUUUCCAGUAUUUCAUUCACAGGUGAAGUAAGCAAUGAUCCAUACGAAUAUGACUCUUACCUCAUGGAAGAUAUUGAAAACUUGGAAUUUGACAUUGAAAAAAUCGAACAAGAGGCAGCUCUCUAUGAGGAAGCCAAAGAAAAGGAGAUAGAUCGUUUACUUGUUGGAGGUGACAAUGAAGAAGAUUUUAUGCUGUCAAGAGAUGGAACCAUGUCUUCUUCAGAUAGCUUUGGUAUUGGUAACAUGUUCGAUAACCAAUUCCAAAACAUUAUGAAUCAAAAGGGACAAAUGAACAUUCCACCAAAUCCUCAAAUGAUUGCCCUUGAAAAGAGCUAUAAAGAGUUUCUCUCCAAAUCCUCAAACGUUGCCAAUACCAUCAAAGAACAAGAUAAGAGCAAGACUGAUAAAAAUCCAAAGAGAUCCUAA